AUGGCCGACCUCUUCUCCCUCCCCGCCGAACUCCGCGACCAUAUCUACGCCCUCGUCCUCGCCACCCGCACCUCCAACUUCAUCGCCCCCCACCGCGACCUCCGCUCCUGCGUCCAGCCCGCCCACACCCGCGUGAACCACCAACUCCGCUCCGAGACCAUCCCCGUUCCCUUCCGCCUCCACGAGAUCAGGAUCGGCGGCCGCAUCACUGACCACGAGGUUUUUGGGUCGGAUGGCUCGGCACCUACCGCGUUCGACUGGAUCCAGAGGCUCGGGGUUUUCAAUCUGCAGCAUGUCAGGGAUUUUACUAUCACGGUUGGGCCGUAUUCUUCCGGGAUGCAGGUUAGGGUCCAGCAGACGAGGAAGGGGAGGACUUUGGAGCUGGUAUCCUUCCGUGUUGGUGAUGAGGUAGGCGAGUGGAGGUCGGACUUCAAUGAUGGACCGGAGGAGGACAGGCUCUGCAAGCAGGUGGAAGGUGCUUUGGGGUAUCUGGCGUCUGAUACGGACUUGCAGGGCCAGGAGAAGCUGCCGGGCCUUGCGUCCUCUCCGAGGCUGUUGAGGAACCUGUUCGUAUACCUGCUCCGCGUAGCCACCCGAAUAAAGGAAGACUACGACAGGCGGGUUGCGGAGCAAAGGGCCGCUGUGAAGAACCAGACAGAAUGGCAACCACGAGUGCCGAAGACAGCCUUGAGUAACGAUGGCUUCGGUUUCCUGUUUGCCGACAAUCGGAUCACCGAUCAUCAGAAGCGCCUGGCGGUAGAGUAUAACCUCUUACAUCCUCGAGGAUAA